AUGACCAUUUUAUUCCUGUUCUUACAGCGGAAGCUGCUUGGUCAUCGGACACAUUCAAAGAUGGCUCUUGCUAGUGUAUUGAGCAGUGAUUGUGCGGAUUUUUCAUUUGAUUUUCGUCAGCCUCUGGCUUUUGAUUGUGGACCCGGUCAGAAUGGGUUGGAAUUCGAGGCUACGCCGCGUGAAGAUCUUAGUUUUUCCGUCAAAAACCCCCUGCUGGAGGGUGACGACGAUGGCGUUGAGAGGAAAAUAGAGUUUCUGCAUGGAACAACUACCUUAGCGUUUAAAUUCCAACAUGGAGUUAUUGUUGCUGUGGACUCACGGGCCACGGCGGGCUCCUACAUCGCCUCACAGACGGUGAAGAAGGUGAUUGAGAUCAACCCCUACCUACUGGGUACCAUGGCUGGGGGAGCUGCUGACUGCAGCUUCUGGGAGCGACUGUUGGCCCGUCAGUGUCGCAUCUAUGAGCUUCGCAACAAAGAGCGAAUCUCGGUGGCAGCAGCCUCCAAGCUGCUUGCUAACAUGGUGUACCAGUACAAGGGCAUGGGACUUAGCAUGGGAACCAUGGUGUGUGGCUGGGACAAGAGAGGUCCAGGUCUGUACUAUGUUGACUCAGAGGGGAACCGGGUGUGCGGGGACCUGUUUGCGGUAGGCUCUGGCUCCAUGUACGCCUACGGUGUGAUGGACAGCGGUCUGCGACACGAUCUGUCCGUGGAGGAAGCGUGUGAGCUGGGCCGUCGUGCCAUCUAUCAGGCCACGUUUCGUGACGCCUACAGUGGAGGGCAGGUUAACCUAUACCACGUUCACAGCAAAGGCUGGACCAGGAUCUCCCAGGAUGAUGUGCUCAUGCUACACCAGCAGUACAGAGAUCAGGCAUAGUUGAUGUGGAAAGGGGAAGGAGUAUUUCUUUUUCUAAUAUUCAAUGUUUAAGAUGUUCAGAUGUCUUUCAGGUUGACACAUAAUAAAAAAAGAAAAAAGAAAAGGACUCAUCUUCUGAUCAACUUACAGUUGCAUCACUUGUCACUCGUUGCCAGCUUGAAGCUUUAUAUUAUACAUUUUUAACAAUGUCAGUGAGCACCAUUCACCUUGCACAGAGUAUGAUCUGAGGGGCUGCAGAAAUGGGGUUGAUGACUCAAACAUGCUUUAAUUCAGUGUGGGAGUAGUGUGGUGCUUGCUCUACAUACAUUUCACUUGGAUCAUAACCUUGGAAACUACAUCCUCUUCCUUAAUAAAACCUGUGAUCUUU